UUUAAUGUAAAAACAUCCACGGGCGGCUCUAUCAAUAAAAAAGCUGAAAUAUUGAAAGAAAUAUUUACAAUGUCGUUUUUGGUGCAAAGUGUGCGCCAUGUCCUACGCCACACGACACAACGGACCACAUUGACAGGUGCAAUGCGCGCGUUAAGCCUUUCCCCCGGCAUGCAUCAGCAAAAUAAACCAGCACCUGUCGUUGAUGUAGCUGCUAUAACAAAGGAUCAGCAGAAGGAAUGUCAGUUGAUAUGUGACAGAAUCAACCAACAAGUGGCAAAAGCUGAGCAAGGUAGACUCUUUGCUGUUGUGCACUUGUGUGGCAAGCAAUUUAAAAUUACACCCGGCGACAUAAUACUAGUGGAAGGGUACUGGCCGCCGACUAUAGGAGAUGAGAUAAGCCUGGAUAAAGUGCUAUUGGCUGGGGCACGGGAUUUUACAAUAGUUGGACGACCUAUUUUGGAGCCGGGCUUGGUGACGGUCAAGGCAACAGUCAUUGAGAAAACGUUGACCCACACGAAAACACAUUUUAAGAAGAAACGCAGGAAGCAGUACAUGCGCAUUAACUUCCAGCGCUCUCCCAAUACAAUGAUCCGGAUUAACUCCAUAGAAGUCACACAGACAGUGGACGGGACCAGUAAGGCUAAAGAGGACUUGUCAAGGCGCCUGUUUUAGUUGUGAGCGCUAUAUUUAGUUCGUUAUGGUAAUAAAUAAAAACACUAAAUCAAAACUUA